GCCCCGCCCACCUUUCAAGCAGCGCGGCGGCGAAACAUGGCGGCCUCUGUGGUUCUAGAACGGAGCUUUACCGAACUGAGCGCGACCGAGCGGGAAGUCAGGAGGAAUUACCGGGACCUCAGCUUUCGCCCCGACGUCACUCCUGUGAUUGGUGGCCCCAAAUACAGCGAGAGCGCCGGAGGUUAUUACUACAAGGAAAGCAGCAGUCUUCUGUCCGCCACAAGGAAUCGCUUCUUGUACUGGACAUCUCAUGCUGACACUUUAGAACUGGUGGAGGAGUCUUUGGAUGUUAACCUUCUGAAUAAUGCCAUCCGCCUCAAAAUCUUCAACUGCUCCAUCCUGCCCGGCGGGGUCCACGUGUGUGAGACACAGUGUAACGUGAUCAUCUUGAUCCUGACAAAUCAGACUGUUCACCGGCUGGUCCUCCCUCACCCCUCACGUUUAUAUAGAAGUGAGAUAAUUACGGAAAGUCAGAUGCAGUCCAUAUUUACAGACGUCGGGAAGAUGAACUAUAGCGACCCUGCUAACAGUUAUGUCAUCCCUCCAUUGCCUGGACGUUUCCAGAGCUCCACUGCCACCGCAGCCUGGCUGAGCAGUGAGGGGGAGACGCUCUUUGCUUUUCCCUCCAGUUCUGGCGGUAUUCUGGUUGUCAAGAUGCCUCCUUGUGGUGUUGCAGGAGCGGUGACUGUGGUGGAGUUAAAGCAAAUGUCAGUCAGAAGACUGUUAACUGGGUUUAUACCAACAGCUAUAAGAGGAGACCAGGACCUUGCACAUCUUCCUGUGAGUCUCGCUGUUCACUGCCUCGAGAACGACGCGUUCAUAUUUGCAUUGUGUCAGGAUCAUAAACUCCGCAUGUGGUCUUACAAGGACCAGACGUGCCUUAUGGAAUCAGACAUGCUGGAGUUUGUGCCAGUUAGCAAAGAAAUGCGUCAGAUCCCGGGAAUCGGGCACAAAUUAAGACUUGCGCACUCACCAUCUAUAGGACUUUACCUUGGAGUGUACUUGCAUUCAUCCAGACAAGGACAGUUCUGUGUGUUCCAGUUGGUUACUGCGGACAGCAAUCGCUACAGCUUGGAUCACAUCUCUUCCUUAUUCUCAAACCAGGAAACCUUGGUCGACUUCAUGUUUACUUUGACAACCACAGACAUUUGGGCUUUGUGGCUUGAUGAGGAAAAUCAAACCAUUGUCAAACACAUUAAUUUUGAAAAUAAUCAAGCCGGGCAAUGGAACCAAGUUUUCACCAAUCCAUUGGCAGACGAAGAACUUAACAUUGGGGAUGACCAAGACCCACGGGAGUCUUACCUGGAGUAUUUGUUCUCUCCGGGGAGAUUUACCAUUGCUGCUCUACUUAAAGCACUACAGAUUUAUCAGAGAGACGCUGGGAAGCUGCAGGAUCUGUCCUGGGAAGAAAUGAAGAAGGAAGUCACUCUAAUAGUAGAAAAUGACCUGCAUAGUCAUGUUACCGACUAUGAGAUGGACCAGGAGGAGUUCCGACAGUUACAAGUGGAAUCGUGGUCUAAAUUCUACACCUGCUGCCUGCAAUACCAGGAGGAACUGUCUCGCCCUUUUGCUCUGAUGGUGCACCCUUACUCCAGCAUGGUGUGCCUGCUCAGAAAGGGAUUUGUUUCGUUUUUGGCCCCUUGUUCAUUAGUGGAUCAUCUUUACCUUCUACCAGCAGAACAUUUGCUUACAGAGGAUGAAAGUUUUAUCUCAGAUGAUGUGAAUCUUGCUAGUGACACAAUCUUCUUGAUGCAGUGUUUACGUAUGAUUGGAGAUAGCAUAAAUAUGGACGUAGCAUAUAUGAUGGAGUGGGCAUGCUGCCAUCAAGAACCCCCAGAGAGGGUUGCAGAACAAAUGUUAGAAGAAUUGAUAUCAAAUGAUGUUGAAAACAUCAUGGAGGACGUUAACAAUAAAUUACAGGACAUCAGAAAUCCUGUCCUGGUCAUUGGGAACUUGCUACGAGAGAUGGAUUAUGAGACCUCUUUGGAUAUAGACCAGUCGAUGGACCUUGGUCAGCCUCUGAAUGUGCGAAUGAACCUCUCCAGCCUCUAUGGCAGCACCACAGCUGCUGGCAUUGUGUGCCAGGCUGUCUGCAAAAUCUCUCUUACACGGUUCUUGAUUUGUCGUGACUUGCUCAUCCUAGAGCACCUGCUUUUAAGGAUGGGAGAUAUGGCCUUUGCAGGAGAAGGUCAGUUACUCCAAACACAGCAAGAGUAUAUACCUCGCACCGCUAACAUGCUGCUGUCCUACUAUGUGAUCCGCUGGUGUAGCCAGUGUGUGGCAUCUGCUAUCCCUCUGGAUACACUGGAUUCCAAUAUGCAGCAUCUGUCCGUCCUUGAGCUGUCCGAUUCGAAGACCUACGCACCAGUCAAUAAAUACUCAUCGGGGCCUCAGACCAUAGUGGAGCUAUUCUUCCAGGAUGUGGCAAGAAAGCGCCUGUCCCAAAUCUUUGCUCGCUAUGGAGCUGCCCAAACACACAGUCCUCUGAGCUGGGCCCAGCUGAUAACAGACAUCACCACUUACCUUCUCCAGCAUCUUUGGGCCAGUAACCCCGGCUUUCUUUUUCCAGAGUGCUUGAUGAGAAGCUGUCAGUAUACCCAACUGCAGGAGUAUGUGCGUCUUCUGCAGCCAUGGUGUCAAGUCAAUGCUGGCUCUUGUCUUUUUAUGAUGGGGCAGUGUUAUCUGGUCACUGGUGAAGGUCACAAGGCUCUCGAAUGCUUUUCCAAAGCUGCUUCUGAAGUGGAGCGGGAGGAUUUUCUGGAGAAAUUGAUUCACGUGGAGGAAGAGGAUUCUCCUUCUUCUGCCCGUCUUCAGUAUUAUAACAGAGUUUUGCGUCUUCUGGAAGGUGUGGGUUUGCCAGAAUUGGUGAUUCAAUUAGCCACCUUGGCUAUUACAGAGACCGCUGAAGACUUGAAAAGUCAGGCAACUUUGAGGACACGUAUCUUCAAGUAUCACUUGGAUUUGGGACACAACAGUCAAGCUUAUGAUGCGCUCACACUUAUUCCUGAUCACAGCAGGCAACUGGACUGCUUGCGGCAAUUGGUUAUAGUCCUGUGUGAACGUUCACAGCUCCAAGAACUUGUCGAUUUUCCUUAUGUGAACCUACAGAAUGAGGUUGUUAAUAUCAUUGAAGCUCGAGCUCGCGCUGUUGAUCUAAUGACCCAUAAUUACUAUGAGCUCCUUUAUGCUUUCCAUAUUCAUCGGCACAACUAUCGGAAAGCUGGCACAGUGAUGUUUGAAUACGGGAUGCGUCUUGGCAGAGAAGUCCGAACCCUUAUUGGUCUUCAGAAGCAAGUCAAUGCUUACCUAGCAUGUCUGAAUUGUCUGCGGCUUAUCCGCCCUGAAUAUGCCUGGAUUGUGCAACCUGCACCAGGAGCCGUGUAUGAGCGUCCAGGAGCCUCUCCAAAACGCAACCACGAAGGGGAAUCUGCGCCCCUGCCCAGUGGAAAUCAGGUUGAGAUUCUGGAGCUCCGAGAUUUAGAGAAGGAAUACAUCCUGGCCCGGACACGGUUGACAUUGGCUCAGCAUGAUAACAGUGCAGCAGCAAUAGCGGGAAGCGCGUCUGCUGAAGAAAUGGUGUCUCUCUUGGUGCAGGUCGGUUUGUUUGAUACAGCGAUAUCACUCUGCCAAACCUUCAAACUCUCCCUCAUACCCGUGUUUGAGAGCCUUACGUACAAAUGCAUCAAGUUGCAGAACAGUGGAGAAGCUGUUCAGGCGGAAGCUUGGCGAUGGCUGGCAGAAAAUCAGCUGCUUUCUGUGGUUACUACCAAAGAGUCAAGUGCCACAGAUGAAGCAUGGAGGUUAUUGAUUUCCUAUCUAGAGAAAUACCAUUCACAGAACAGCCAAUACCAUCGCUGCGUUAUUGACAAGCUGCUGUCUCACGGGACCCCCCUGCCCAGCUGGUUAACUAUCAGUUAUAAGGAAGUGGAUGCAGCAGAGUUACUUCGACUUUAUUUGAGGUAUGAUAAUCUGGAAGAGGCGGCUGAGCUUGUGCUGGAAUACGUAGAUGCCAUAUUGGGGAAAGGUCACAAGGAUUUUGGAAUAGAGUUGCCUCUGUCUGCAUUGUCUCCAUUGGUCUGGCUGCCCUAUACCUCCAUCGAUCAUCUCCUGCAAGCAUUGGAAGAGAAUAACAAUAGUCGGCUAAACAGAGAUUUACUGGAGAAGCUUCGCGACAAACUCAAUGACUACUUUGACAAACUUGGAUCCUCCACCUCACAUCUACUCGGCCUUCGAAGAAGCUAGCUUUCGUGUUUUUUCUUUUUUCAUUUUUUUUUUUUUUUUUCAUUUCAAAUCUGUAAUCGGUAUUUUUUUGUAAAAUAAAAUAAAAUAUUUUCUAUGUUCUCAA